UGGAAAGUUUUUGGGCAAGUCUGAGGCACCUCACUGCCACUGGGAUGAGAGCCCGUGUUUACUGUGAAGACUUUCUGUUCCCAAAGGUGCACAGAACUAUGGCAGAGCUGUGGUGGAUUUACUCCAAACCUGUCCCAGCAGAUGGCAGAGAGCUAUGGACCUUGUUUCUGCAGUGUUCCUGCAUUACAGUAGUGAUUGGAGGCCUUUUUUACAACUGGAUGUUUGCUUCCCUGGAGUACUCCUGGCACCUCUCUGUUGCCAUGGCCAUCUCCUUCAGUCCACUCCUUCUCCUGACUCUCUUUCUGGUGCAUCCUGCCCGUUGUGUCUUCAGCAUGAUCAUGCCCACCUUAGGCACCAAACAGGGCAGGAAGCUUCUCUUCUCCACCUGCAUCAUGAUUGCAGUGGUGAACAUAACACCCAACAUCAUAAGCAACAUUAAAACCAUACUGCAGGUUAUUAAGUGCAUCUCCAAGAAUUCCUCUGACAGCCUUUUGAACUCAACUGCUCUGCUAGAGACAGUUUCCUGGGAGUUUGGAGAUGCAAUCCAAGAAACCAUUCAUUCCAUUUAUAAGCCUAUGAAUGGACAUUUUCGCUUUUCAUUGCUUCAGAACAGCUCCUUGAUUUACCAAAAAAUGCACCUUGCUGGUGAGAAAAUUAGCAGAGAGUUCUUGUCUGUUGAGGUACUGGUCAAAGACUCUGUACGAGUAGCCAACAGACUGGCUGCUGGUUUCUUCAUGCUCUAUCUCUGUUUUGAAUCCACCUGGUAUUUGAAAAAUUAUCUCACCAACCUCCGCUUUGACAACUUUUACAUCACCAAGAAGCUGGAGCGUUUAGCCGCGGACAGAGGAGCAGCUCAUCUCUUGGUGGGCUCCUCCAAAAAACUCAUCCGACCAAGAGGCUUGAAGCUGUCCUGGGAAGAAGUGGUGCUGUGCCUCGUGCAAGCCAUGGUGGUCACCGUGGCCCUGAUGCUGAUGCUGGUGGUCGUGGCCAUGGACCACUUUGCGUUCAGCGUGGCAGACACGGCGGUGACAAAGGCAGCUCAGUUCUCUGCAGUGCCUGUCACCCUCAACAUCAAAUACAAGGUGAGUGCUGGGGUGUCCUGCCCUGUCCUGCCCUUUUUCGGGCGUCCUUCUGAGGAAUUACUGCUCGGGGACUUCAACAAGACCUACCACCAUUCUCUGGUCUUCAACUCUGCCAGCUGUAGGAUCAGCCCUCCCACACCUCCCAACCCCUCUGUGCUGCUCGUUGUGGGGCUGCUCUUCUGCAUCCUCUACAGCACCGUGUUCCUGGAGACCUACGCGCGCCGCCUGUGCCGGGACAUCGCUGCCUCCUUCUUCCCGAGCUGCGAGGACAAACGAGUGCUCCACCUGUACACGAAACUGGCCAGGAGGCACAGGAAGGACCAAAACUGUGUGAAGGGUGUCAGGGAUGGAAGUCAGGGGGAUGUCUGA